AGAGAGAGAGAGAGAGAGAGAGAGAGAGGUUGUGUGUGCGCGCGCGUUCGCGCUCUCCUCAAUGAGUUUCUCCACUAUGGCGAUACUCACAGACUCGAUUUAUCGUUCCACCGAAUGUCUCGUGAAUCAUCUGGUAUAAUGAGACUAUAAUGAGACUAAUGAGACUAUAAUGAGAAAUCUGAGAUGAAGGUGAGAGACUGAUGUUGGAUGUUUUUACCGGAUCAGAGCUGCGGAAAUUCACACCGGCCUAUUGAUGCUCUUAUCUGACUGACCUGCAACUGAGAUCAGGAUGAUAGAGGAGGCGGGCCGGCGGGGGAAUGUCAUGGCUGAUAGGAAGCAGAUCUUCACAGACAUGAAGGCACAGAAUUUUGACGCCAUCCGGCUGUCCACGUACAGAACGGCCUGCAAGCUUCGAUUUAUACAGAAGAAAUGCAACCUGCAUCUGGUUGACGUGUGGAACAUGAUCGAGGCGAUUCGUGAUAACGGUCUGAACACACUGGACGUCUGUACCGAGAUCAGCGUGGCUCGACUGGAGACCAUCAUCACCUGUAUCUAUCAGCAGCUGAACAAACGCCUGCCCACCACACACCAGAUCAACGUCCAGGACAACACCAGCCUGCUGCUCAACUUCCUGCUGACGGCUCUCGACAGCGAUGCUCAGGGGAGGUUGACGGUAUUCCCUGUGAAGGUGAUGCUCUCAGUGUUGUGUGGAGGAAAACUGCUGGAUAAACUUCGAUAUAUUUUCUCCCAAAUAUCGGAUGCUCAUGGUGCGAUGGUGAUGUCAAAGUUUGACCACUUCCUGCGGGAGGCGCUGAAGCUGCCCACCGCUGUGUUUGAAGGCCCGUCGUUCGGCUACAUGGAUCACUUCGCCAGAUCUUGUUUUCCUCAACAAAAGAAGGUGAUGUUAAACAUGUUCCUGGACUGUUUGAUGUCAGAUCCUCCUCCUCAGUGUCUCAUCUGGCUUCCUCUGAUGCUUCGUCUGUCUAAUGUUGAGAACGUCUUUCAUCCGGUGGCAUGUUCUUACUGUCGCUCAGAGGGCAUGACGGGCUUUCGCUAUCGCUGUCAGCAGUGUUUUAACUAUCAGCUCUGUCAGGACUGUUUUUGGCAAGGUCACGCCAGCGGAAACCACAGCAACCACCACCAGAUGAAGGAACACUCAUCCUGGAAAUCUCCUGCGAAGAAGUUGGGUCGGGCCAUCAGUAAAUCUUUGGGAUGUGUUCCGAGCCGAGAGCCCUCCCACCCCAUUUACCCAGAAUACCCAGAGAAACCCCUCAACCUGUCCAAUAUAGUUCCACCCCGUCCGGUAGGAAACAUGAAUGAAUUAGCUCCGCCCCCUUCUGCUGGCCCCACCCCCACUAAGAGACUACCGACUCUUGCCGCAGCUCAGCGCAUGAAUGAGGAACAUGCACUGAUCGCAGCAUAUGUGAACAAACUCCAGCACAGCCCACGCACGUUGGACAGUCCCAGCAGAAUGGAUGAAGAACACAAACUCAUCGCUCGAUAUGCAGCUCGACUGUCCACAGACGCUGGAAACCUAGCUAGACCUGCAAACUUCUACCUUGACACCAACAAACCGCAGAGACAGCUUAUCAUGCAGCUGGAGAUCAAAAACAGGGAGAUUUUGCAGGAGAUCCAGCGCUUACGCGUGGAGCAUGAACAGGCAUGUCAGCAAACCCCAGAGAGAGUCCAACAGAACCCGACCCUGCUGGCAGAACUGAGACAGCUCAGACAGAGGAAGGAUGAGCUGGAACAGAGGAUGUCUUCACUUCAGGAGAGCAGACGAGAACUCAUGGUGCAGCUAGAGGGACUUAUGAAACUACUGAAGGACGAGGAACAGAGACAAGCUGCUCAAGCCGCUGGUUCUUCCCCGAGUCACGCCUCUCCUCGUUCUAUCCCGACGCCUAUUCGCUCACCUUCCGCUGGCUCCACCCCCACACAUGCAGGCCACACCCCCACCCAUGGACCCCAGGAUUCUCUCUCUGGAGUGGGAGGAGAUGUUCAGGAGGCAUUUGCUCACGGCACUCGCAGAAACCUGCGGAAUGAUCUUUUGGUGGCAGCGGACUCCAUCACUAACACCAUGUCUUCUCUGGUCAAAGAGCUGAACACGGUGGAUGAUGAAGCAGAAGAUGACGAGAGACUGCAGAACGGUAAAGACAGAGGUUAAGCCAAAUAUGAAGCGAGCCGAAUCAUGCAUGAAGUCACCAUUUAGAUGCCACAACCACAAUGGCCUCUGAAUCCAGGCUCAGCCAAUCAGAAGACAGUUCAAGAAUAAUGCUGUGGCUUGGCUUCCUGUGGAUUGGUUGAGACGGAAAACGUUUUUUAGUGUUUUUGUAGUUUGCCUUUGAGUUAGAAUUGCAGAUUUUGUGAAAUCUGUGUUGCGCAACUGCUGAGUUUGACGUUUGUUUUUUAGUAGAUGAUUUCAGUGAUGUAUGAAAACUACGGAUGCACCCAAAGACAUUGCAGAUCUGUUGAGUUGUUGGAGACUUUUAUGAACGGGACUGAAAAGGAAAUGUAACGUAACAAAGAACGGGACACAAGGCAGGCACGAUGAGUUGAUUGGCUAGGUAAAGUAUGUGGGUGUGGUUUGAUUGACGUGGGUGUGGUCACAGCGAUUUGUGUUGUCUAGGGGGGAGACGCAGCUUGAACAAAUGCUGUAAACACGACCGUCUCAAGAAGUCGAAAUUAAGAAAUGUCGAAGUGUGUACUGUAAUCUUUUUAUUUAUUUACACUAGACAACAUUUUGGCAGCAUUUAAAUGUACAUGGAGAGAUUUCGGUGGUAUUUUAAAGAAUCAGUAUAAAAAGAUUCGGAAGUUUGUAAUUCAGUGUUUAUGUAUAUUUAAGAUCUAGUGGUUUAGUUUUGUAGGAUUUUGAACAGGUACUGAUCAUGAGGCUAAUAUGUACUGUUUCACACAUCAUGAAACUUGUAGAAGCACUGUUUAUAGUUUUUUUUUUCUGUGAAUCUGCAUUUCUUGCCCACAAACGUUUGCACACACGUCUGACCUGCUGUGUGUUUUCCUGAGGGGUGUGUGCAGUGUGUUUACCUCUCUGUGUAGUUGUGUUGUUGAUAUUUACAUUUACAGAGUUUGUUGAAACUUUAAAUACCUGCCAAAAAUGAGACUUGUUGAUUUACAAGAGUUUGUUUGAAGUGUUUAAUCUAAGAAUUUAUUGUAUGAAAAUUGCUGUGCCUUUUUUGCCGAAUCCAAUGGGACUCAUUCGUUUCAGACCUCCGCACAAUGUGAUUUUUGAGUUUACAGGCUAAAUGACAUCACUUCCUGUGGCCUUUGAGUCAAGAGCUGUUCUGCUUCAGUUGGUGGAGGCGAUGGAGAUCAUUACGGUGCUGGUAGCCAUAGUGUUUGCUUUUUCCACUGAUCAACUGUUAUACAUGUUUUUUAAAAAGCUACCUUUACAGACAAAACUCUGGAAUGAAGAGUCUAAAUAGGCUUUAAUGCGCAUGCAACUGAUUUCAAGUGUUGUUUUGUUGUGUUCUGAAUAAAUGAUAUUAUAAAA